AUGUUUUCGUUGAUUCAGGCUGCGUCCGAUUUUGUCGACAAACCAGGCUUCAACUGGAAGCUACUCAUCACUGGCUUCACGAUUUCAAGCUUUCUGUUCGAAUCGUAUCUGACCCACAGGCAAAUCAAGAGUAUUCGCAGCAAUGGCAAAGUGAUUCCAAAGCAGUUGGAAUCCAAGAUUGAUGAGAAGACCGCUAUCAAAUCCCAAGAUUACUCAUUGACCAAAUUGCGAUUUUCCCAGAUCACCAAGCUGGUUUCAUUGGCUGAAAACCUGGCUUUCAUCAGAUUCGAUGUUCUGCCAAAACUGUGGGCUUCUUCGGCCUCGUUUUUGGCCAAGCUGACUUUUUUGCCUCCUAUUUUGACCGGGGUGAUUCCUCAAUCGUUGGUAUUCUUGACUCAAAUGGGUUUCAUUAGCACGAUUUUGGGGUUGCCUAUAGCCUACUACUCAAAUUUUGUCAUUGAGGAGAAAUAUGGAUUUAACAAGCUUACAAUCAAGCUCUGGAUUACCGACAUGAUCAAGGAAGCGCUGGUUUCCAUCGUUAUUGGGUUCCCAGUCAUGUCUAUCUUCCUGAAGAUCAUUGACUACUUUGGCGAUUCGUUCAUGUUCUACGUUUCGAUCUUUUUGUUUGUGUUCCAGAUCUUCAUGAUCAUCGUGUACCCCAAGUUCAUCCAGCCUCUGUUCAACAAGCUGGAGCCACUGCAGGAAGGUGAACUAAAGACCGAGAUUGAGAAGCUUGCUUCUAAGAAUAAGUUCCCUCUGGACAAGUUGUUUGUGAUUGAUGGGUCUGCCAGAUCUUCUCAUUCCAAUGCUUACUUCAUGGGAUUGCCAUGGGGAUCCAAACAGAUUGUUCUCUUUGAUACCCUUAUUGAGACUUCAACUGUUCCCGAAACUAUUGCAGUCCUGGGGCAUGAGAUUGGCCACUGGGCGCUUUCGCACACGACCAAGACCCUGAUCACUGGACAAUUUCACAUCUUCACCAUGUUCACCAUGUUUGCUGCGUUUGUCAAGAACAAGUCUUUAUUCCAGAGCUUCGGAUUCGCUAACGAGACGCCAAUCAUCGUUGGAUUUUUGCUCUUCAACGACAUUUUGAAACCAGUUGAUGCUGUGUUGAGUUUUGUCCUGAAUCUGGUGUCAAGAAAGCAUGAGUAUGAAGCAGACAAGUAUGCUGUCGAUCAAGGAUAUGCCACUGAGCUUAAGACCGCAUUGAUCACUCUUCACAAAGAGAACUUGAGUUCCCUCUCCACGGACUGGCUCUUUUCUUCUUACCACCACAGCCACCCCCACCUCACAGAAAGAUUAGAGGCCAUUGAUGUGGCUUCUGAAAGUUUCAAGAAGGAGUAG